UCCAAGAUUUAGUGGCAAAGAGACACGCACGCACACCACCGGCAUGUCUCCGUCUGUGCGCACAGAACUUCUGUUCCUCUUCCUUUCUCUCUCGUCCCGCACGGUGCUCAGCCGCUACAUCGAGGAGGACGAUACCUCAGACGGAUUAUAUUCUCUUCUCAACUUGGAGCAGAAGAGAGAAUCUGAAGACUUUAUUUUCAGGCGACCUCUCAGAUGUUUGGACAUGUUGGCCAUCGAGGGCCACUUCACUUUCGUGGCGUCGUCGCCCCAGCAGCUGUCCUGCGCCGCCUUCAUCAUCGGCGAGCCCAGCGAAGUCAUCGGCCUGGAGCUGUCUGACGUCAACAUCGACUGCGACGUCGGCGACUUCAUCAAGAUAUUUGACGGCUGGGUACUGAAGGGGGAGAAGUUUCCCAGUAGCCAGGACCACCCACUGCCUCUUCACCAGCGCUACACGGACAUCUGUUCGUCCACGCCGCCGAGCCACGCCAGUCGCUCAUCCCAGAACGUCGCCAUGGUUUUUUUCCGCAUCCACAACCCCGACAGCGGCUUCACCCUCGUGGUGAAGAAGCUGCCCAACCCUUUUCCAUGCAACAUCAUGUCUCAGAGCCCAGAGGGCAGCUUCACCAUGGUGAUGCCUCAUCAGCACAGGAACUGCAGCUUCUCCAUCAUCUACCCGGUGGAGAUCCAACUGGCACAGCUCAGCCUGGAGCAGGCCAAAAGCAACGAGCUCAGGCCCAAGGCGAGGCUGUCAUCUGGAUGUUCGGGUUCCGGUGACUAUGUGGAGCUCCUGGGUGGAAACGGCGUAGACACGUCACGCAUGUUCCCUGUUGCUGAUCUGUGUUUUCCUCUCAGUGGACUCGCCCAGAUGAAGAUCAGUUGUGAUAACUCGGUGGUGAGGCUGGUGUCCAGCGGCAACUACAUCAACCGUGUGUCUUUCCGCUACCGACUACUCGAACGCCACCAGCUGCCCGAAGCUCAAGAGAACAGCCUGGACAACAUGUGCAAUGUGGAGUGAAACUGCACAAUUCACGAAAAAUCUGUUAAUAUGUUUGUUUACAGGAUGUAAAAGUUUUUUUUUUUUUCGGUCUGUAUUUAACCCUUUCAGGGACAGCGGUUACUACAGUGGACAGUUUAUC